AUGAUUGAUAUUUCUCAAGAAAAAUUUGAUGGCAAGUUUGGUUUAACCGUUUCUACAAAGAUGCUUCCAUAUAACUAUUUACAGUUUAAAGGAAUAUUCAUUAUCUUAUUUUAUCAACCUGAAGAAAAUGAAUCUGAAGAAGUCAAACCCAUAAUAUUGUAUAAGGAACAUAAAGAUAUAAAGCGUCUGGAAUAUUCUUACCCAGUUUGUUUGAAAAGUGUUAAGGGUAUUGCCAAAUUUCUUGUUGAUGGUAUGACACUUGUUGUUAAAAAUAAAACUACUUUCUAUGUUGUGUCCAUUUCUUCUUGGCCCUGGACUUUGAUCCGUAAAUUGAAUCAUGUCAACAUAGCUGAAUCAAUAAUCACCUUUAAUCCAUCAACAUUCAAGAGUUAUAUUCUUUUACCCCAGUGUAGCAAGAAAUUUCUUAGCAUGAUUAAUGUUCGCGCUGGUUACAGCCCUAUAAAAAAAGAAAAUUUGGAAUUUAUCCUGAAAAGUAUGGAAAAUGUCCGGAAAUUUUCUGGCAGCAGUCCUUCACAUAUUAUAGCAAAAUCUUGUGUUGGGUAUAAAAUGAUCAUUUCUUCAAAAGGUGAUCUACUUGCAUUUGAAAAUGGAUCUAUCAUUGAACGUCAAACAGGAUUGAAUAUAGCAAGACAUAAUGUGGCAGAUAUGAAGGAUUUUGCAUUUGUACAUGAUGAUCGUCAUCUACUUAAAAUUUGUUUUAAUGAACUUUCUAUGAGCGCCACAUUGAUUGAUGCCCGCUCAGGCAUUAAAUUGGCAACAGUAAUGCUACCAAAACUUGAAUCAGAUUACCUUAAACACAUAAGACUUAUCAAGGAUGGCCGAAUUAUAGCCGUGAUCCUACAAUCUGGUUUUAGUUCCCUUGUUGUUGAAGAAUGGAAUUGGGAAAAAGCCUUUUGCAUACAGUCAACAAAAUAUCUAAAUUCUUUUACUUAUAAUAAUAUUUAUUGGCCUGAUAAUUUAAUUAAUUCCUAUGAGAUUACAAAUAAAAGUUUAAAAAAGAAGGCAUUAUCAAUUCACAAUGAUAAAGAAAAUUAUUCUUUGGUAUUUUCUUGUUAUAAUGUGAAAUGCCCUACUGGAGCAAUAUUUUUUCACUUAGAUGAAGAGAGUGCUAUCAUGGUCACGCCUGAUUGUAUUUUCUUAUUUUGGGAAAAAGAUGGGAUUUUAAGUGCUUGGUAUGACCACAUUUCCGAUACUCGAGUUUUGCAGUUUUGCAUAACCUGCAAAGAUAAUAAGAAGCUCUACACCUUGUUGCCCUUAGAUUUAGUUAUAGAGGGUCAAAGUUUAACUGCUGAAUGGAUGCAAAGUAGUUGUCAUUAUAUUGAACAACAGAAAAGCAAUAAUAUCUCACAAAUCCACUUACUCACUAUCAAACAAUAUAUUAAAUGCAAUGCUUUUAAUAAUACAAUGGCUAUUUAUGAUCUUAUUAACUGCAAUGCUGAUGAAAUAGUAAGGGAAAUUUUAAAAUAUGACCAUUAUAUACCAACAAUUGUUUGUUACAAAAAAAAUCCUUUGAUAAAAGCAAUUAAAAUGCAUAAAACUUCCUUAACGCAACAAAUAAUUGAUUAUUGUUGGCACCAGUGCUCUAACAAAGAUGAACCAGGAUUUAUGUCUGUAGUCGUUGACGUACUUCCUCAACUUGCUACUCAAUAUCCACAUAUGCUUUCUACUUUAUUGAAGCAACUUACAUUUGCAAAAAUUCCAACAAGCUGGGAAAUAAAUAAACCAAAAAAGGAUAAAUCGUCUUAUAAAAAUCUUUGGACUCAUAAGCUUGAUGGUUCUAUUUCUUUUGGUAUCAAUGAAGAUUAUGAGACCAAUGACAUGAUGAAUGGUAUUUCAUGCUUAACUACAUACUGUUAUGUCCCACUACCUGGCUUAUGUCAUUAUUCAAAUGUUACUAAAUUAAACAACCCAAAUUUUUCUAAAUUAUGCAUAUAUAUCAUUACGUAUCUUUUUCUUGAUAUGGUUAUUAUUAUUAAUAACCCUUAUUCUACUCGCUUUUGCCCAUCCAUUGAUGGUUCUCUCGUCGGAAACCCUAAUAGUGGAAUGAAAUUUUAUCAAUCACUCAAAAAUGCAUGGCUUAUGCUUUUAAAUGAUUACAGUUCUCUAGAUUCGCAGACAGAAAAUUACCUUUCGGAUAUUUUAAAGAUUACCUUUUCAUUUAGCACAACAAUUAUAAUAUUUAAUAUUUUAAUUGCGCUCAUGAAUAAUACCUAUAAAAAAAUAUAUAAAAAUGCACGUACCGCAUGGGUUAUGCAGAGAGCAGAAGUAAUUGUAAAUAUUGAAAUUUUAUUGAUUCAUUAUUUUAAUUGUAAAUUGUUUUAUGGUGAUUGUUUCCCUUGGAGUAUUAUUUACAAAGCUUUAACUGAAGAGGUUGAUGAAUGGUCUAAAGAGAAAGGAAACAUCCAGACGACUGAUGAAGUAACAAACGAGAUGAAAAAUGAAAUAAACAAAAUAAAGGGUGAAAUAAAUAAAAUGAUGACCGAAAAAAUGAUGCAUGAAUUGACGGAAUGA